UCUUGAUUGAAAAAUAAGAAGUUGGUUUUGGCUUUCUCUUCAAUAAAAAGGAGAGGAAGACACCAACCCCUCCAUUCAGAUUUCAGCUUAUAUCGUUGAAAGACACAAGUUUUUGGUAACAUUAAUGGCUUCUAUCAACAUUUCUUUCCCUUCAACAUCUCUCUCUCGCUCCCAAGCAUCAAAGAACUUCAAGUUGUUCAAUGGACUGCACUCCGGCGAUGUAUAUUCUGUUAAUGGCGUCUCUUCAGAGUCAUUCACACGUCGUAAUCCUAGAGCACACUUAACCAUCAGGAAUGAUUUUAAGAUUAAAUCUGCAUUCUUAUCUGGUCAAGGAGACGUCCGUUCUCAAUCCAGGGGAGAAAGUUCUCUGUUGAGUAGCCUCUCUACAGGAACUGAGACUCAACCUGAUGCUGUAACGUUUGGAACGCUAGCAGCAGAUGUUGUUGUUCCUACAACAAGUGGUUUUUCUUCAGAUAAUGAUGAAUUCGAUUUGGAUCGGCCGACAGAAGGUUUUUCAUCUGUUCCUGAGGCCAUCAAAGACAUUCGCCAAGGAAAGAUGGUGCUAGUUACAGAUGAUGAAGACAGAGAAAAUGAAGGGGAUUUAAUUAUGGCUGCAUCCAAAGCUACACCAGAAGCAAUGGCUUUCUUUGUGAGGCAUGGAACAGGGAUAGUUUGUGUGAGUAUGGUAGAGGAAGACUUGGAGAGGUUACAGCUUCCAUUGAUGGUAAACGAUAAAAAGAAUGAGGAGAAACUUUGUACAGCAUUCACAGUCUCAGUGGACGCAAAGCAUGGAACCACUACAGGAGUAUCUGCUCAUGAUAGAGCAACAACAGUAUUGGCACUUGCGUCCAGAGAUUCAAAACCUGAGGAUUUCAACCGACCGGGACAUAUUUUUCCAUUGAAAUACAGGGUAGGCGGGGUUUUAAAACGAGCUGGACAUACUGAAGCUUCUGUGGAUCUUGCCAUGUUAGCUGGCUUAGACCCUGUUGGAGUAAUAUGUGAGGUUGUGGAUGAUGAUGGUUCCAUGGCUAGAUUGCCUAGGCUUCGUCAAUUUGCAAAAGAACAUAACUUGAAGAUCAUAUCAGUUGCUGACUUAAUCAGAUAUAGGAGGAAAAGAGAUCAGUUGGUAGAGCAUGCUUCUGCUGCAAGAAUACCAACUAUGUGGGGCCCGUUCACUGCCCAUUGCUUCAAGUCAAUAAUAGAUGGUAUUGAGCACAUUGCUAUGGUUAAGGGAGAUAUAGGAGACGGACAAGAUAUUCUUGUACGGGUACACUCAGAAUGCCUCACAGGAGAUAUAUUCGGUUCAGCCAGAUGUGACUGUGGAAGCCAGCUGGCACUUGCAAUGCAACAAAUUGAGGCUGCUGGCAGGGGGGUUUUGGUUUACCUCCGUGGUCAUGAGGGUAGAGGAAUUGGUUUGGGUCACAAACUUCGUGCUUAUAAUUUACAAGAUGCUGGACGUGAUACUGUUGAAGCGAAUGAAGAGCUUGGUUUGCCCAUUGAUUCAAGAGAGUAUGGGGUUGGUGCACAGAUCUUAAGGGAUCUUGGUGUUCGAACUAUGAAGCUGAUGACAAACAAUCCUGCAAAAUACAGUGGGCUCAAGGGUUAUGGUUUGGCAAUUUCUGGUAGGGUCCCCCUUCUGACUCCCAUUACAAAAGAUAACAAGAGAUAUUUGGAAACAAAACGUGCUAAAAUGGGCCAUGUGUAUGGCAACCUUAUUCGCCCUGGAAGCAGCACCAGCACAACAAAUGGUAAACCAAACUAGGAGAAAUCUUCAACUACACAGAAUGCAUAACAUACUAAUGUUUCCAUGCUUGGGACUGAUAAGAUGUUCUGUUUGGCGAACAACUUGCUGGAGAAAUAGCAAUCACCUGGAUAGCAAUCAACUCGGGAUACCUUAACAAAUAAUUCCAUAUUUUAAUCAUUGUUUUAUUGCUACUCGUGCCAGAAUAAUGAAUUCUUGGUGCUUAUUAUUUUUACGGACAUUCGUUUUGUCUUUAAAUGUAUAUUAGCGUUGAUGAGAAGUAACGGGAUUCACCUUGUCCUGGAUCCCAUAUCAAGUGUUAGUGGAAGGAGGAAAAGCCAGCAUAUAGACUGACAGGAUAUGUAUUCUUGCAUUGGAGAAUGUAUUUAAACUCUUUUUAUAGGCCGUAGCGUUUAGUAGCAACUAGAUGUUAUGGUUGGUGUACUAUAACUUGCUGAAAUGAUUUCAUGAGUUUACUGUUGGCAAUUUAAA